UUGGAUUCCAACAGCUCUUUCGUCUUCAUCACUCUUCACACUUCUUCAUGCCCCACUUCUUCAUGCCCCACAAAUUAUUGUACUGAUUCACAUGUUCAUCUGUAUUUCCGAUUCUUAUACACCAGUCCUUUGGUAAUAAUCCUGCAAUUGCGAGCAAGGUCAUUUGAUUCUCUGCAAUGGCGUCCAAGAGCAGUGUUGGGUUCGUUGGUUUGGAGGCGGUAAGCUUGGAAUUGGCCGCUUCACUCCUUCGCUCUGGCUACGACGUCAAAGCCUUCGAGCCAUGUAGCAGCGCUUUACUGGAUGAAGUCAUCAAGCAAGGUGGAAUUAGAUGCGACAACCUUAUAGAAGCUGGGAAAGAUGUUGCAGCUUUGGUUGUAUUGAUAUCUCAUGCAGAUCAAAUAAAUGACCUAUUUUUUGGUCAUGAGAGUGCUUUGAAAGGUCUGCAUGAAGAUACAAUCCUCAUUCUUCAUACAAGCAUAUUACCUGCUGAUAUCCAGAAACUGGAGAAGCGUCUCAAAGAGGCUUCUGAGAGAGCUUGUCUGGUUGAUGCAUAUGUCUAUAGGGGAAUGUCUGGGGUUUUAAAUGGAAAAGUCAUGAUUAUUUCAUCAGGAGGGUCAGAUUCCAUUACAAGGGCUCGGCCUAUUCUAUCUGCUAUGUGUGAAAAACUUUGCAUCUUUGAGGGAGAACUUGGUGCUGGCAGCAAAACUAAAAUGGUAAUGGAUCUACUCGAGGGAAUUCACCUUGUUGCUUCUGUGGAGGCAAUUUCUCUUGGUGUUCAGGCUGGGAUUCAUCCAUGGAUACUUUAUGAUAUCAUUUCUAAUGCUGCUGGAAAUUCAUGGGUUUUCAAGAACCAUAUUCCUCAAUUGCUUAAUGGGAGUCAGACUAAAGAGCUUCUGGAUGCGUUUGUUCAAAAUUUGGGUAUUGUUUUGGACAUGGCCAAAUCAUGUACAUUUCCUCUUCCACUUCUGGCAGUUGCUCAUCAACAACUAGUAGCAGGUUCUUCUCAUAUUCAUGGAAAUGAUGAUGUCACAUUGAUAAAGGCUUGGGAGGGAGUGUAUGGGUUGAACAUUACAAAUGCAGCCAGUACAGAAGGUUAUCGACCAGAGCAACUGGCAAAUCAAAUAACUUCUGAAUCCAGUUCUGUGAACCGGAUUGGUUUUAUUGGACUUGGAGCAAUGGGGUUUGGCAUGGCAACUCACCUGCUGAGAUCCAAUUUUUGCGUUAUUGGUUAUGAUGUGUAUAAAUUGGCAUUAUCUAGAUUUGCCAAUGAAGGUGGCUUGAUUGGGAGCUCUCCAGCGGAUGUUUCCCGAGAUGUAGAUGUGCUUGUGAUCAUGGUCACAAAUGAAGCUCAAGCUGAAAGUGUUCUGUUUGGAGAUCUUGGCGCUGUGUCAGUCCUUCCUUCGGGAGCUUCUAUUAUCCUUUGCUCCACUGUCUCUCCUGCAUAUGUCACCCAGCUAGAGCGACGCUUGCAAAAUGAACACAAGGAUUUGAAACUGGUGGAUGCUCCUGUUUCUGGAGGGGUUAAGAGGGCAUCCAUGGGCACACUAACGAUAAUGGCAUCGGGGACUGAUGAAGCUCUUAAGCAUGCUGGUUCUGUUCUCUCAGCAUUAAGUGAGAAUCUAUAUAUUAUCAAAGGAGGUUGUGGGGCUGGAAGUGGUGUAAAGAUGGUUAAUCAACUGCUUGCUGGAGUUCACAUAGCAUCAGCAGCAGAGGCAAUGGCAUUUGGAUCCCGACUGGGCCUUAAUACAAGAAUACUGUAUGAUGUCAUUACCAAUAGCGGAGCAACAUCAUGGAUGUUUGAGAAUCGAGUUCCGCACAUGGUGGACAAUGACUAUACGCCAUUAUCUGCACUUAAUAUAUUUGUGAAGGAUCUGGGCAUUGUUUCUCGUGAAUGCUCUUUCCGCAAAGUCCCACUUCAUGUUGCUACUGUUGCACACCAGCUGUUCUUAUCAGGCUCAGCAGCUGGAUGGGGUCGGAUAGAUGAUGCCGCUGUGGUAAAGGUUUAUGAGACACUCACAGGUGUUGAAGUUCAAGGAAAACUUCCUCUUCUGGACAAAGAAUUUGUCUUAAAAUCUCUUCCAUCUGAAUGGCCAGUGGAUCCCACUGAUGACAUACGUAGGUUAAAUCAGAGUAGUUCAAAAACGCUUGUUGUUCUAGAUGAUGAUCCAACUGGAACUCAGACAGUUCAUGAUAUAGAUGUGUUAACAGAAUGGAAUGUUGAGUCACUUAUUGAACAGUUUAAAAAAAGGCCUAAAUGCUUUUUCAUUUUGACCAAUUCCCGCUCACUGAGCUCUGAUAAGGCUAUUGCAUUGAUUGAAGACAUCUGCCGAAAUCUAUGUGCUGCUGCAAAGUCAGUCGUGAGUGCUGACUUUACAGUAGUUUUGAGGGGUGAUUCAACAUUACGAGGUCAUUUUCCAGAGGAAGCAGAUGCAGCUGUUUCUAUACUUGGUGAGAUGGAUGCAUGGAUCAUUUGUCCUUUUUUUCUUCAAGGAGGUCGUUACACCAUUGAAGAUGUACAUUAUGUUGCAGAUUCUGAGCGGCUUGUACCAGCAGGGGACACAGAGUUUGCAAAAGAUGCUGCUUUUGGCUAUAAAUCUUCAAACCUCCGUGAGUGGGUAGAGGAGAAAACCAGGGGCAGAAUACAAGCUAGCAGUGUUACUUCAAUCUCCAUCCGGCUCUUGAGGAAGGGUGGACCUCGUGCUGUGUGUGAGCAUCUUUGCAGUUUGCAGAAGGGAUCUACGUGUAUAGUUAAUGCAGCGAGUGACAGAGAUAUGGCUGUAUUUGCCGCUGGAAUGAUCCAGGCAGAACUGAAGGGAAAACGUUUCUUAUGCCGUACUGCUGCUAGUUUUGUUUCUGCUCGUAUUGGGAUCAUCCCAAAGGCUCCUAUUUUGCCCAAGGACCUAGGAAUACAUCAAGAUAGAGGUGGACUUAUAGUUGUAGGUUCAUAUGUUCCAAAGACAACAAAACAGGUUGAAGAACUUAAAUCACAGUGUGGCCAUAUAUUAAGAAGCAUUGAGGUUUCUGUUGAUAAACUUGCCAUGAAUUCAAUAGAAGAGAGGGAAGAGGAAAUCAAUCAAGCAGUUGAGAUGGCAGAUGUUUUCCUCAGGGCUCGGAAAGAUACUCUAAUAAUGACUAGUCGAGAUCUCAUCACAGGAAAAACCCCUUCUGAAAGUUUGGAGAUCAAUUUCAAGGUGAGCUCUGCCCUGGUGGAAAUAGUUAGGAGGAUAACUACAAGACCUCGUUAUAUACUUGCAAAGGGUGGAAUCACAUCAUCAGAUCUUGCUACAAAGGCUCUGGAAGCUAAACGUGCCAAAAUAGUUGGGCAAGCCUUGGCUGGUGUUCCAUUGUGGCAGCUUGGCCCAGAGAGCAGACAUCCUGGAGUUCCAUAUAUUGUUUUCCCUGGGAAUGUCGGUGAUAGUAAAGCUCUAGCAGAAGUUGUGAAAUCUUGGGCUCGUCCAAUAAGGCUUUCCUCAACUAAGGAGUUACUUCUUAAUGCAGAAAAAGGUAAAUAUGCAGUUGGAGCAUUCAAUGUUUACAACCUGGAAGGAGUUGAGGCAGUUGUUGCUGCAGCAGAGGAAGAGCGAAGUCCUGCCAUAUUACAGAUCCAUCCUAGUGCUUUAAAGCAAGGAGGAAUUCCCUUGGUCGCAUGUUGCAUCUCUGCUGCAGAACAUGCCAGUGUUCCGAUCACUGUGCAUUUUGAUCAUGGAAAUUCCAAGCAAGAGUUAAUGGAAGUUCUUGAGUUGGGAUUUGAUUCAGUAAUGGUAGAUGGUUCACACCUUCCCUUCAAGGACAAUAUUUUAUACACAAAAUUUAUUUCCCACUUGGCACACUCAAAAAACAUGAUGGUGGAGGCUGAACUGGGGAGAUUAUCAGGAACAGAAGAUGACUUGACUGUUGAAGACUAUGAAGCACGAUUGACAGAUGUUGACCAGGCUCAAGAAUUCAUUGACAAGACAGGUAUAGAUGCUUUGGCAGUUUGUAUAGGAAAUGUACAUGGAAAAUACCCUGCAAGUGGCCCAAAUCUCAGACUCGAUUUGCUCAAGGAGCUUUACGGCUUGAGUUCAAAGAAGGGGGUUUAUCUUGUUCUUCACGGAGCUUCUGGAUUGCCCCAGAAACUCGUUAAGGAAUGCAUAGAGCUCGGGGUGAGGAAGUUCAAUGUAAACACAGAGGUGCGGAAGGCAUACAUGGACUCAAUAAGCAGCCCCAAGAAAGAUCUUGUCCAGGUUAUGGCCUCGGCAAAGGAAGCCAUGAAACUUGUGGUUGCUGAGAAGAUGCAUCUGUUUGGCUCAUCUGGAAAAGCAUGGUAGAAAGUUCUGAGAACCAUCUUGUAACGGGAAAGGGCCACUGCUGCCAGACAUUAUAUACUCAUUGAAUGCAACUUGAACCAGUAAGGCAAAUAAAUCCUCCUUAGAAACUGUACAAUUAUAACUGCAAGGUGGAACAUUGUGCUUCAGAAGGAUGAUUAUCUAUUCUAAGUUGAUUCUGUUUAUUUUCUCA